GUAUAAAGCAGCACACAUGUGGCUGAGGGGCUCAGUGUGAACACUCAGCUCGUAUCCACAAUGAAGCUUCAUCUUCAGCCUGUGUGUCAGCUUACUUUCCUGAGCCUCUGCUGUGUGCUCAUUACAGUGAGAGAGUCAGACGGCACGUUCGUCCCGGGAAGAUGUCAGUGUCCAGAAACACAGAACGGUGUCAGAGGGCAGCUUAAAGAACUCAGUGUGUUCCGAAAGAGCGCCAGCUGUGAUAAAAUCACUGUGAUAGUGACACUGAAGGGCAACAAUGAGAGGAGGUGUCUGAAUCCAGACGCAGCGCUGGGUAAACAGCUGAUCCGCUGCUGGAACAGGGCUCACAAGUUGGGUCGUGAUGUAAAGCUAUGCCUAAAGAGGAGGAGGGGAACAAGAGGUCAACGCCAGCGGAGUGCACGAAGGAGCCGAGUUCAGGGCAGUAGAGCCUCUGUCUAACUGUCAGCAGUCUUCUCCUGAAACCUGAUCCAAAGCUACUGUGAGGAGAAAAGUGUGCUCAUGCUCCAAGUUGCUGCUGUUUGGAGUCUAGGCCAUCUGAGGCCGAUGAAAACAAAAAAAAAACAGCACGCCACCACUUUCCUCCUAUAACUGUCACUCUGCUUCGACAUCAGGCUCCCCCUGAACUCUUCUCUGGGCUGUAAAUCAAACUCCCCCUCUGUGCAGGGAGCAGGGAGGGUCUGUCUUUUAUGUGUGAAUGACUGAUGUGAUGGUAAAUGCUAAGCCCUGGAGGCUAGUCAUAAAUGCGGACAAUUAUAGCUUUAAAACACUGUUAUAUGGUCAAUGUAUUGUUGAUGUGUAGUUCUGUGUCUGCAGCAGGAAAGGCUUACAGAAGACAACAUGUUUGUUAUUUAUUUUUAUACACAUAAAGGAACUUUAAGAUGUUUUUUAAAUAAAUAUGACAGAAAAACAGUC